AUGUCAUUCAUGCUCAUGCAGACACCCGAUCCCAGCACGAUCAAGGAUGCUCUCCCGGACUUCACAAACGUCACACACAUCUUCCUUCCGAUCAACGACAACCACUCAGUCACGGUGGCUGAAGGCGGAACGCAUUGGUCACUUCUACUUGUCUCCAUCGUCGACGGGUUUGCCUUCCAUUACGACUCGAUGCCUCCCGGGAACCAGCAGGAAGCGCACUACGUCACACAGAAGCUUUCGAAGCUGAUCAACAAACCGCUGCAGUUUAUCCAACUAAACGAUAGCCCGCUCCAAGACAACUCGUCCGAUUGUGGGGUGUUUGUCUGCCUGAACAUGCGGCACCUUCUGCUGAAGAGGUUGUUGAUGGUCCGGACACACGAAAAAGUCAGCAUGAGCUUGGGUGGGAGGAUAGUCGAUGCAAGUGCAGGCAGGAAAGAGAUGUUGCGCAUCAUUGACGACUUUAGAAGAGAAGGGGAGAGAAGAAGAUCGUGA